AUGGUUAAGCAAGAAUUCUUUAAGCUGAACAAUGGCCAUGAGAUGCCCGGUGUGGCCAUCGUUGGUACCGGUACCAAGUGGCACAAGGUUAAUGAGACAGAUGAGAACUUCUCACAGACACUGGUAGAUCAAUUGAAAUACGCUCUGUCUCUGCCAGGUGUUGUUCAUCUGGAUGCCGCUGAAUUUUAUAUGACCUAUAGAGAGGUCGGAAGAGCACUAGCUGAGACUUCGAAGCCCAGAGAUGAGAUAUUCAUCACUGAUAAAUACUGGACUUUGAGCAAAGUUACUGAGAAUCCCAUUGUAGGUUUAGAGACUGGGUUGAAAAGACUCGGAUUAGAGUACGUAGACUUGUACCUGUUGCAUAGUCCCUUUAUCUCUAAGGAAACCAACGGGUUCUCAUUAGAGGAGGCCUGGGGUAUGAUGGAGGAAUUAUAUCACAGUGGUAAAGCCAAGAAUAUUGGCGUCUCCAACUUUGCUAAGGAGGACUUAGAGAGAGUUUUGAAGGUCUGCAAAGUCAAGCCACAGGUCAAUCAAAUUGAGUUUAAUGCCUUCUUACAAAACCAAACUCCUGGUAUCUACAACUUUUGCAAGCAAAAUGACAUUCAAUUAGCUGCAUAUUCUCCUCUAGGUCCUUUACAGAAAAAGCCAGCCGACGGUAAUUCACAACCAUUUUAUAGCUAUAUCAACAAGCUGGCACAGCACUACAACAAAACCCCCGGUCAGGUUUUGUUGAGAUGGGUUACCAAGAGAGGUGUCGUUGCUGUUACCACUUCUGAGAAGAAGGAGAGAAUUAAACAAGCUCAGGAGAUAUUUGAAUUUGAUUUGAAAGAUGAUGAAGUUACUGAAAUUACUAAACUAGGUCUAGACCACGAGCCUUUGAGACUGUAUUGGCAUGAUCAAUACAAUAAGUACAACUCAGAGUCCCAGAAGGCCUAA